ACCUGCAUCUUGAGAGAGCAAUUAAAAUAAUCAACAUUAUGGUAAUGACAAAUACUAGUUCUGCAACUAUGAUUGUUGUCCCUCAACUUCUAAAAAGGGGUAAUUAUAAGAGUUGGAGCGUUUUCAUGGAAGACUAUUUGAUUUCUCAAGAGCUUUGGGAUGGAAUUAUUGUUCCAUUUGGCGCCGAUCAUCCGCUACUUAGUGAAUCUGAGUGGAGAAAAAGGAAUGCUGCCGCUCUGAAUGCCAUUAAGAUUUCAUGUGGACCAGAAAGCUUUGUUCGUAUAAAUUAUACCCGUUCAGCAAAAGAUGCUUUGGAUAUGUUAGCCAAAAUGCAUAAAAGGGAGCCUGAAGCUUAUGAAAGCACUUCAAAGAUGAAUGUCGCAAUGGCUGGUGUGAUUGUCCCCGAACUUCUAGAAAGAGGCAACUAUGAGAGGUGGAGUAUCUUCAUGAAAAACUACUUAGUUUCGGAACAUCUUUGGGUGGUUACUCAGAGUUGGUCCAAGCCUCUUAAAGUUUCUAAAAGGGAGUGGAGAAAAAAGAAUGCUGCCGCUCAGCAUGCAAUUCAGAUUUCAUGUGGAAUGGAAAAAUUUAAUCACAUAAAGAAGUUCCGUCAGGCAAAAGAAGCUUGGUAUGAGUUGAAAAGAAUAAAUAUUGAUGAAGAGAUGUCAAAAAUAGAUAAUUCAGAACAUGAAGAAGAAGAGGAAGAAGAAGAAAAAAUUCCAAAGAUUCCUAUUGAACCUCUAGAAAGAGGCAACUACCAGAUGUGGAGUAUCUUUAUGGAAAAUUACUUAGUUUCUCGAGAUCUUUGGGUGGUUACUCAAAGCGAGUGGUCGGAGCAUCUUGGAGUUUCUGUAAGGGAGUGGGAAGAAAAGAAUGAUGUUGCUCUACUUGCAAUCAAAACUUCAUGCGGAACAAAAAAAUUUAAUCAGAUAAAGAAGAUCUAUUCUGCAAAAGAAGCUUGGGAUAAGUUGAAAAUAAUAAAUAUUGAAGAAGAGGAAUCAAAUAUAAAUAAUUCAGAACAUGAAGAAGAAGAAAAAGAAGCAGAAAAAGAAGAAGAAACUCCAAAGAUUACUACUGCAAAUAUGAUUGUCCCCGAACUGUUAGAAAAGGAGAACUAUGAGAGAUGGAGCGUCUGCAUGAAAAGCUAUUUAAUUUCUCAAGGUCUUUGGGAUGUAGUACGUCUGCACGGAUGGGUACCUAAUUCUAGAGUUUCUAAAAGCGAGUGGAUUAAGAAGGACGCUGCCGCUCUACAUGCAAUUCAAAUUUCAUGUGGAGCAAAAAAAUUUGAAGAGAUAAAGUACAAAGAGUCCGCCAACGAUGCUUGGAGUACCUUGGAGAAAACAGAGAAAGGAGAGAGUUCAUCACGUGUUAAUGAUCAGAUUGGUGCAGCAAUUCAAGUGACAGGAGUUGAAGAGAUUGAAGACGGAGAUGCUUCUGAGUUGUUUGUUUCAAGUGGAAGUCAAAGGGAAACAAGAGGAAUGCAACAAGAGUUUAGGCAGAUUGGGCCAAGGAUUGAAGUUGGAGAAAGCUCAAAACAAGGGAGCAAGAGAAAUGGAAGACAUGAAGAUGGGAUCCAGAUUUCUGGGAAGAAGAGAACCUCAAAAAAACAGAAAAAUUAAGUCUACUGUGUUAUUUUGCUUAAGUUUAUUGGUAUUUUUGUUAGAAUGUAUUCUGGUCUUUUGUGUUAAGUCUAAUGUGUUAUUCUGGUCUUUUAUUUAUGUAUAAUGUUACUGUGGUAUUGCUUCUGAGUUGUUAGAAUUUAUUCUGUUGCAGUACCAAUGUAUUCUGAUAUGUUGCUUAAGUUAAAACUGGUAUUUUUGUUAGAAUGGAUUUUGGUAUUUUGUUGAAGUCUAUUGUGUAAUUUUGCUUAAGCCUACUGUGUAAUUUUGCUUAAGUCUACUGGUAUUUUUGUUUAAGUCUACUGGUCUUUUAUUUAUGUAUAAUGUUACUGUGGUAUUACUUCUAAGUUGUUAGAAUGUAUUCUAUUGCAGUACCAAUGUAUUCUAGUAUGUUGCUUAAGUUAAAACUGGUAUUUUCAUUAGAAUGGAUUUUGGUUUUUUUGUUUAAGUCUACUGUAGUAUUCUAUAAUGUAUUAUUUUCUUUUACAAUGUAUUUUGGUCUUUUGUUAGUUUGAUAUACUGUAGACUUGCAAAGAAUGAGAAUAUACAAAAUAAACACUUUUCAUUUCU